GACAACAUCUAUCAACCUACUCAAUGGCAACAAUAGCGAGGAGACUGGUGCUCUGCGCCCGAAGAUGUCCUGUCCCCACCGCUCCCCGCUAUACACCGCUGUCUGCGAUUCCCUGGCAGCGGCGCCUUUCCACCACCGCUCCUCGCCGCGAUGAAAAUCCCAACGACGAUGCGAGGGACAAGAGGCUCGAGGAGUUCACCAAGGGAAUCGAGCUCGAUGCAGACACUCAAGACGAAUCAGAUGACCAGGGCGUGCGGCGCUUUCUUGAUGCGCUAUCGACAGUGCACCCUGAUGCCUUGAUGAAGGAGCUGGACGCUAUUCCCGAGGGGUUCGACGACGACGCUGGCGAUGAAGUCGCUGGGGUGGACAGGGAAGCUUUGGGACGACUUUACGAGGAGUACGAUCAGGAGGCGCUCAGUGAUGAGGAAGAGUACAAUAUGCUCACCAAAGCGCCCGAACCGAGGGUUGGCAACGAUUUCUGGGAUUCUGGAGAGGAUGAGCAUUUGGGCGACGAAGACUACUUCGGCGACGAUAUAUCUGCAUUGGGCCAUGGAGAGCUGGAACAGCACCGCGAGCUGAGGGAAUACGCCAGACUCGCGGCGUGGGAGUUGCCCUUGUUAAGCAAGCUUGCCAGGCCAUUCGAGGUCCCAUCGACCUCGCAACCACUACGCUUCCGCUACACUACCUACCUCGGUGAAGAGCACCCAGCUGCGAAAAAGGUGGUCGUCGAAUUCUGCACCUCCGACAUGCCGGGACUUACCCAAUUACAAAGGGACAAGCUCAUCAAAAUGGCGGGGUCUCGAUAUAAUCCCUCGACCGACAUCGUGAAGAUGAGCUGCGAGAUGUUUGGAACACAGGCGCAGAAUAAGCGGUACCUACGGGACACCGUCAACAAUCUCGUCAAAGAGGCGCGUGAGGGCAAAGACACUUUCGCAGAUGUGCCCUUCGACUUCCGCCAUCACAAACCGAAGGCGAGGUUCGAGUUCCCUAAGGAAUGGAUCUUGACUCCAGAGAGAAAGAAGUAUUUGGAGUCCAAGAGGUUGCAUCAAUUGGAGCUAGAUUCAGGGUUGAAGCAAAGCGGCAACCUCUUGGAUGGCGCCAAGCUUGUGGAAAGAGUGCUAUCGAGUCAGGUGCAGAUCCCAGAACCAGAAAUGGUGGAGGCUGCUAGGGGAAAGCAACGGCUGCGGUAGUAGUCGAUUUGUGUAGAUGCAUGGAUGUAUUAUAGGAUUUUGGCGUCGCUUCAUGUACAGCAUGUUUGUAAAACACAUACACUGUUGUAUUAUCCACUAUCUCUCGAACUUCUAGUGAUAUCACAUAGAUCUUCCGAGUGCAGUCUUUUCUUAGCCGCCAACCCACUAAUAGACAUCGGUCAGCCAACUCCUACCAUCACGUGGUUGUUCUGGUGAUCAUUUGCAACGACGCAGCG